AUGAGCGACGGUGGAAGGAAAGCGGCAAGUUCAGGAGAAGGGACGGUCAACGUCACACCAGGCACGGAAAAGAAGGAAAAAGAAGAGAUAGGAAGAAAAAAAGGAGAAGAAGAAGAAGAACACCGAGACGCGAAUGAGUACGAUGGAGGAGAUGGAAGUGCGAAGGAGAACGUCGCGCCAAGCAUGAAGGAUUUAUUCGAAUAUGCAAAGAAGAAUCGAUGGCGAUUUGCAAUGGUGAUGAAGAGCGUGAACUUGGAAAAUUCGCCUCCAAGGUGGGACGAGGAGGAGAGGAAAAAGGAAGAAAGGUCAUGUGUAGAGGAACUUCUUUCGGGGAUGAAAGUCCAAAGUGCAGAGCUCGUCGUCAACCACGAACAAACGCACACCGUCACCGUUUUUUACGGCGAGAACAGGGAAAGCUUUGAAUUUGAAUUGUCUCUUUCAGGAUUCGUGGAGGAGUUCCUAGAGAAAGUAAAGGCAUACGGAAGCGAUCGUGGGAGAAUGUCACCUCUUUUGCCCGAGCAAUCCAAAUGCUUUUUGAAGAUUUUGAUUGAAUGUCAAUGUUUUGAAGAUGUUGAAUGCGCAAUCGACGGAAUUGACGACUCUUUCGGAAGUGCCAAUACGAUGAAUCGCUAUUUGAGUUUGAUGGAAGAGCUCGUAAAGGAGCAGCUUUAUAAUCGGGAUCCGAUAGUCAAAUUCGAUAUGGUUCACGAAGGCCAACCGCACGGUCCCGGUCUGGUGGUUUUUGGAUUGUUCUGCCGGGCAACUUUUAUUGCUUUUUUGCAGAAAAUUUUACGCGCGCACGAAGACGUGUCGUUUGCGAAUUUAGUCGGCGCGGAUGCACGGAAAACGUUACUCGUGGUUGGUAUCAUGACCGCGCACUCGUUCGGGGAAGGGUCGGGCGUCGGGGUGAGUUUUUCAGGAGUCCACGGGUGGGCGCAAGGGUGUUUGGUGACGUUUGCCAUCGGCGUGCAUAACGUUCCGGGGCAAAAACCAAACGUUUGCAAGAAAAGAAAAAUUUCGCAAUCAUCAAAAUUUGUUUCUCCAAAAAAAAAAACAGACAGACCAAAAACAAACACAAAAAGUGCUCAGAAAAAGAGAGACAUUCGAAAUGGUGUCAUCAUCGUCAUCAUCGCGCGCCUUUAG